UCCGCCAGCGGCACCAUCCUGGGCGUCACCCCACCAGCUGCGGUCCACAUAGGCCCACCCAUCAUGCUCGCCGUCGGAGACGACACGGUCAUCAGGAUGGACACGGUCGUGUAAGGCGACUCCUCCCGCUUCGAGAUGCUCCGGCGGCACUUCCCUGGCGGCGGCGGCGGCGGAUGGAGCACCAUCCCCCUCCCGAGGCCGCCUCUCCGAACCCUCCGGCUCCCAUCCCAGAGUGUGUCCAUCUCGGCCUACUUUGUCAUGGGCACGCGCGUGUGGAUCUCCGUCACCGGCGAGGGCACCUUCUCGCUGGACACCCAGCUGGGCAUUUGGCGGAUGGAGUUCCUCGAGGAGCUGCGGCGGCUGCAGGGCCGCGCCUUCUUCGUGCCGGAGCUCGGCUCGGUCGUCGGGCUCACCGGCGGGGACGACAGGUUCCUGUGCUCGUACAAGCUCAACGACGGCAGGGAGAAGGGGGUCCCGUUGACGUGGCAGCACACGUGGAGCGAGGCGGUUCCCUGGGAGUGCUGCGACCACGGCGAAGCCCCCUGGAGGGAGAUGGUCAGCCUCGCGUACCUUGGUGAGGGCAGGUUCUGCAUCUACAGGCCCAUCAAGGUGCUAGGCAGUGCCCUCAACUUCAACUCCUUCCUGGUGCUGGAGCUGAGGCGCAGGCCGGACGGCAAGGAGCUUGAGAUAGCUAAGCGCGGAAUGGCAACUACCAUGGCAUGUGGCCGGACCAAGGGCUUUACCAAGACUCUACUUUAUUCAGCAGUGUACUGUACACGUUGGCUCUCCCAUUGA